UUGUGUUCGACAGCAUCGAUACUUUCUUUCCGAGGAGUGAGUGAUAAGUACCUGCCACGUCUCUUUCUUGCUCGUCAUUUUUGAUAAUAAAUAAUCAAAUUUACAUAAAAUAGCUAAGUAAAAUGGCUCCACCACAAAAAGGCAAACAAGCCACGAAAGGCGCUAAACAAAUCGUUGAGGAGAACAAAACAACAUUAGCGUUUUAUAGGAAUAUGUCUAUAGGAUGCGCAGCACCUGCAAUCCUGCUGAGUUUUCUGCUGUUCGAGAUCACAAAACUCACAGUGUUCAUGCUGGCCGUGUCGCUGCUUAUCUUGGGUGCUGCGUACCAAUUUAUGGUAUUCAUGUCCCGUGCAAAAUACUCAGAAACGGGUGCUCUUCUUGACUCUGGGAACGACCUGAAUAUGGAAGGCGGCAUUGCUGAAAACGUCAAGGACCUUAUCAUUCUUACGUCAGGCACCCUACUGCUGGCCCUGAUUUCCAACUACUUCUGGUUCCUACUUUUAUUGGCGCCUCUUCGUGCGAUUUGGAUGCUUUGGGGCUCCGUUAUUCAACCUUGGCUGUCGCAACGUAACGCUAACGAAGAACCCGAGGUGGAUGAAAAGAAACAACGAAAACUGGAUCGCAAGAUGCGUCGCAUGAGAUAAAAUCUGUAACAUGGAUUUAUAAUUUGCAUUCAUUUGCUGGGCACAGGUUGUAGUCAUCAUCGUCAUUCACUGGUUUAAGCUGCAUUCAUUUCAUACUCUCACGAGGCGGCUUUUUAAGUUCCCAUUUAACUUUAGUAUUGAGAUUUUACGCUUAGACAGCUUGAUCCAUUAGAAGAUCAACACAAAAAUGUGACGCGGGUUCCAAAUUGGUUUGUUUUUGUCAGAUUAAAAAACCGAGACAACUGUCUCUAGUCAAAGAAAAUCCCAAAUUUGUUUUUAGUUUGUGGAAUUUUGUGCGUUUUAAUUGGUGUGCCAAAGUGAACAGCUUUCAUUUUUGUGUAUAGCAAAAAUAGUUAAAACGAGAUCGAUUAUACAAUCGAGCGAAAGUUAACCUUCGUGAAGGGAAUCCCAAUUUCGAUUUGACCGAAACACGUUCACAAAAGUUCACUCGGACCCUGUGCUUUGUAAAUAGAUAUAUAUACUAUAUAUUGUAUAUUAUUUAUAAAUAAAUGUGCAUUUUUGAGUGCAGGAACUGGUGCAGUUCUAAUAAGUGCAAUUACCACCACCACUUCUCAUACCAGCGAGCAUGUUUCUAAAAAAGAAAAAGAAAACAAAAUAACAAAACUAAAAUUAGCAUUUUGCAACAAUUUAUUCUUUGUUGACUGAUCAAUAUUUGCAUCCAAACUUAAAUAAGUGUACAAAAAUAUGAAAUAAUAAUGACAAGUGUCGUGUUGCUUGUUGGAGCUCAAGAGGAUUUCACUAAACUCAAUAUUUGUUUGCAGUUUCCAAAAAACCCGGCUAUAGCCUAGAAAAGCGAGCGUCAGCAAUUGAACGAUCGUAUAACUUAACUCUUUACGCUUGAUAAUUUAUAUAUGAAUGUAAAUGCAGGCUUAGUUAUGAAACUGUUAUCAUAUUUAAUGUGUAUUUAACUAAGAGAGA